AUGUCUGGAGCAAUGGGACUUCUCGGACGCACGAGAAGUAUCGAUCAAGAACGUAUCGGACACCAGGAGACUGCGUCGAGCUCAGAUUCUGAGUUGAACGAUAAGGUUCAACCUGACCAGGAAGUGGAUCGAGAUCGUGCGAUUUGUGAAUUGGUUCGAAGAUUCACUUCUCAGUCCGAGGCCUAUCCAUCUCCCUUUCAAGCAGAGGACAGCUCUCUGGACCCAAGAAGUGAAAAGUUCAGAGCGCGAGAUUGGGCCAAGUCUUUCUAUAACCUCCGCUACGGCGACCAAGGAUCCAUCCAUCGUGUAGCAGGUGUUGCUUUCAAAGGCCUCGAUGUCUGGGGCAGCGGAUCUCCGACCGACUUUCAGCCUACUGUCGGCAACCAUAUAUUGAAACUACCAUCGAUCUUUGGCCGCGGCUUCGAGAAGAUCAACAUCCUGCGCGGUAUCGAUGGCCUUGUUCUCCCCGGCGAGCAGCUUUGCGUCCUUGGUCCUCCUGGUUCGGGCUGCUCUACAUUGCUCAAGACCAUCGCUGGCGAGACCUUCGGCUUCCAGGUCAAUCCCGAAUCGUCACUGAACUACCAAGGGAUGACCCCAAAGGACAUGAAAACGGCAUUCAAAGGCGAAGCGGUCUACACUGCAGAAGUGGACGCACACUACCCACAACUCAGUGUUGGUACGACUCUCUACUUUGCUGCGUUGGCUCGUGCACCUCGGCAACUUCCACACGGAGUCACUCGCGCUCGCUAUGCCGAGCACCUCCGCGAUGUGGUAAUGGCCAUGUUUGGAAUAAGCCACACUGUCAAUACACGCGUUGGCGACGAUUUCGUGCGAGGUGUGAGUGGCGGAGAGCGUAAGAGAGUCACAAUUGCCGAGGCUGCUCUGAGCUUUGCCCCAGUCCAGUGCUGGGAUAACGCAACUCGAGGCUUAGACUCAGCAAACGCAGUGGAAUUCUGCAGAACGCUCAGAACCCAGUGCGACGUCUUCAACACCUCCAGCUAUGUUGCCAUCUAUCAAGCACCGCAAGCCGCCUACGAUGCCUUUGACAAGGUCACCGUGCUAUACGAAGGCCAGCAAAUCUACUUUGGACCGGCACAAGAUGCGCGUGACUAUUUCCAGAACCUUGGCUUCAUUUGUUUAGAAUCGCAAACGACGCCAGACUUCUUGACAUCCAUGACUUCGGCAUCUGAGCGCAGAAUUCGUCAAGGGUACGAGAAUAAGACACCGCGGACUGCAGACGAGUUCGCGCGAAUAUGGAAGGAAAGUACUCAGAGACAGAUUCUAUUGGCCCAAAUCGAGGAAUACAACAAGCAGUACCCUUUGAACGGUUCCCACAAGGACAGCUUCGCUCUGUCGAGGACUCUCGAGAAGUCGACUAAGCAACGGCAGAGUUCGCCAUACACGCUUUCGUACUGGAGACAGACACAGAUUUGCAUGUGGAGAGAGCUGCAGAGAUUGAAAGGCGACCCAAGUGUUCCGCUCGCUAUGCUGUUCAUCAAUUUCUGCGAGGCUCUGAUUGUCGCCAGCAUCUUUUAUAACCUGCCGCAAACGACGUCGUCUUUCUUCAGUCGUGGUGCUGUGUUGUUCAUGAUCGUUCUGCUCAAUGCCUUUGGAUCCCUACUUGAGAUCAUGUCACUGUAUGCUAAGCGGAAGAUCGUUGAGAAGCACAACCGGUACGCGCUGUAUCAUCCAAGCGCGGAAGCGUUGGCUUCGAUGAUCAUGGAUAUGCCUUACAAGCUCACAAAUGCUGUAAUUGUGAACUCUACGCUUUACUUCAUGGCAAACCUGCGACGCGAACCAGGCCCCUUCUUCUUUUUCUUGCUGAUCGCAUUCAGCAUGACGAUGGCCAUGUCUAUGUUCUUUCGACUCUUCGCUUCCAUGACCAAGACGCUAGCGCAAGCUCUCGCGCCGUCCGCAAUCAUCUUGCUCCUGCUCGUCAUGUAUACGGGCUUUGCGAUUCCGGUGCAAUAUAUGAGAGGAUGGGCAAGCUGGUUCAGAUGGCUUAAUCCAGUAUCCUAUGGAUUUGAAGCUGUCAUGGUCAACGAGUUUCACAAUAGACAGUUUCCCUGCGCUGCUUUCGUCCCCACAGGGAAUGGUUACGAGGAAAUCGAACCACUACAACGAGCCUGCGCGGUACAAGGCGCUGUGGCUGGCGCUACCUCCGUGAGCGGCACUGCUUUCGUCGAGACUGCCUACGGAUACGAAUGGGGCAACCGAUGGAGGGACUUUGCCAUCAUCGUUGCCUUCGCGAUUGGAUUAUUCAUUGCUCACCUGGUCAUGAGCGAGCUGGUAGCUUCAGAAGCUUCGAAGGGCGAGGUUCUCGUCUUUCGUCGAUCGAAGAUGCGGAAGAGAGGUGUUCGGCAUCGUGCAGACGAAGAGGCCGGUAGCACCUCUUGCCAAAAACUCGAGAAGCCAUCUGAAAGUAACGACAACUCCACGGAGGAUGUCCAAAAACAAGUGUCAAUCUUCCAUUGGGAGAAUGUCAACUAUGAAGUCCAGAUCAAGGGCGAGACGCGGCAGAUCUUGGAUAGUGUUGAUGGAUGGAUUAAACCUGGAACUCUCACUGCUCUUAUGGGCGUGUCCGGCGCUGGCAAGACCACGCUUCUCGAUGUGCUAGCAAGUCGAACGACAAUGGGUGUCAUCUCAGGAAACAUGCUAGUCGACGGAAGAGACCGCGACGGGUCAUUUCAGCGAAAGACCGGCUAUGUCAUGCAGCAAGACAUUCAUCUGGAGACCAGUACCGUACGUGAGGCUCUGGAGCUGUCUGCUAUACUACGACAACCUCCGGAGUACACACGCCAGGAGCGGCUUGCAUAUGUGGGUCAUGUCAUCAAUCUCCUGGAAAUGAGCGAAUACGCGGACGCUGUUGUCGGGUUUCCAGGCUCGGGUUUGAACGUUGAACAACGCAAGCGGUUGACGAUAGGCGUUGAGCUCGCUGCACGACCCAAGUUACUACUCUUCCUGGACGAGCCGACCUCUGGACUGGACAGUCAGACGUCCUGGUCCAUAUGUGACCUGAUGGAAAAGCUCACCCGCAAUGGACAGGCGAUCUUGUGCACUGUACAUCAACCCUCCUCACUACUCUUCCAGAGAUUCGAUCGUCUCCUUCUGCUCGCCAAGGGUGGUCGAACAGUGUACUUUGGUGACAUUGGCCAGGAUUCCCAUAUUCUGGUAGACUACUUUGAACGGAACGGAGGCCCCAAGGUCUCUCCUGGUGCUAACCCUGCAGAGUACAUGCUUGCAGCCAUUGGAGCCGCGCCGGGAGCAGCUACUGCGAUUGACUGGCCGUCUGUGUGGAGAGAGAGUCCAGAAUUCGCCGCGGUACAGGAAGAAUUGGGACGACUCAGAACACUUGCCAACCAGCCAUCUGUCGGCAUGUCAUCUUCCGAUGGCAACCAACAGACUUUCGCGGCGCCUUUCUGGACACAGCUGCACGUCGUCACCAAGCGUGUCGCCCAGCAAUACUGGAGAUCGCCAGCAUACAUCUACCCCAAAGCGGUCCUCACAGUAGGCGGCGCAAUUCUAAUCGGGUUCUCCUUCUUCAAAGCAGACAAUACUCUGCAAGGCCUCCAGAACCAGAUGUUUGGCGUGUUCGUCUUCUUGUUCGUCAUCAUCCAGCUCAUCUUUCAGAUCUUCCCGAUGUUCAUUAUCCAACGCACCCUUUACGAAGCCAGAGAGCGACAGUCGAAAACCUACGCGUGGCAGGCGUUCAUGUUAUCGAACAUACUGGUGGAAAUGGCCUGGAAUGCCCUCAUGGCAAUCUUCUGCUUCCUCGUAUGGUACUACCCCGUGGGCCUCUACCGCAACGCCGAAUGGACAGACGCCGUUCACAUCCGCUCCUUCCACACCCUCCUCCUCAUCCUCGCCUCCUUCCUCUUCGCCAGCUCCUUCGCCCACGUCCUCAUCGCCGGAGCCCCCGGCGAAGAAAUCGCAGGCGCACUUGGUGCUCUCUUCUCAAUCAUGCUAUACGCCUUCUGCGGAAUUCUCGCUAGUCCGGACGCUUUGCCAAGGUUCUGGAUCUUCAUGUAUAGAGUCAAUCCCUUUACAUACCUCGUCUCCAGCCUGAUGGCGACGACGAUCGGCCAAGCACCCGCGUUCUGUGCAGAGAGUGAGUUCCAAGUGUUCGAUGCACCGGCUGGCCAGACUUGUGGAGACUAUCUGAGUCAGUACAUGGCCGCGAAUGGGGGCUAUGUUCAAGACCCGCAGGCAGUCGAUGUGUGCCGGUAUUGCCGCUUGGAUAAUACAAAUGAGUAUUUGGUUGGUAUUAACGCCACUUGGAGUACUAGAUGGAGGGACUUUGGGCUGCUUUGGGUUUUCAUUGGGUUCAAUAUCGUUGCGGCAAUCUCUUUGUACUGGUUGCUGCGGGUGCCGAAGAGCCGGGGGAAGCGCAAGGCAGCCUGA